CCUGAAGUCAAACAGUCUGAUGGAUCUUUUGCUUUGGGCAUUUUCAACAAAGAUUGCUUCCUGGAACAUCAAUGGAAAAUGCAUCAUAUGAAACACUUUUCAUACUCACUCCUUUCCAAGACAUGGGGAACAAUAAAGAUAUAUACUUUUGGCUUUCUUUGAUAUGCUAUAUUUUAAUAAUCGUUUUUAAUUCAGCAUUAAUUGUAUUCAUAUGUCUAGAAAAAACGCUUCAUGAACCUAUGUAUAUUUUCCUUUCUAAUUUGUUGUUUAGUGCAUUAAUUGGAUCCACAAGCUUUUUUAUUAAAUUCAUGAUUGAUCUGCGAACGAGUAUUCCAGUGGUUUCUCGUUCAGUUUGUUUUUUUCAGAUUUUUUUGACAUACACUUAUGUCUUUGGGGAAAUAACAAUUCUAACUGUAAUGGCAUAUGACAGGUAUAUAGCAAUAAACUGGCCAUUACAAUAUAUGACAAUAAUUUCAGUCACAAAAAUAAAAAAGCUAAUUUUUCUUGCUUGGGCUUAUCCUUCUUUUAUGGUAACAGUUGGUAUAUUGUUAACUGUACGUCUCUCUUUAUGUGGUAAUCAGAUCAAUUGGUUGUACUGUAACUACUGGGAAAUCGUAAAGUUAUCUUGUCUAGAAACUAUUACUAGCAAUGUUUAUACAUUUGUAUUUUUCUUUACAUUUCUUAUUCCAUUUUCAUUUAUUAUCUAUUCCUACAUUAAAAUUCUUAUUUUGUGCUGGAACAAUUCCAGUUCUCAUAAAAAGAAAGCUUUUCAAACUUGUCUCCCACAUUUAAUAACAUUAAUUUUACUUUUAAGUUCAAUAUUUUUUGAGAUAAUAGACAGCAGGUUUAAUUCAAAGAGAGCAACAAGCAGCAUUUCUGCUGUUGCCUCUUUAGAAAAAAUAGUGCUUCCUCCUCUUUUAAAUCCAUUAAUAUAUGGUAUCAUUUUACCUGGGAUACGCAAUCGAAUCAUUUUUAUAUUUUUAUGCAAAACAAACAAACAACAUAUUAGCAUUCAUGCUGCUUGUUAGGAUCUUAUUUUCUACAUUAAGAGAAAUAAUUUAGUAGUACAGCCUGUUGAGAUAAUGAGAGCAGAAUUUACAGUACCUGUUAAUUAUUAUUCUGAUGCUGUAAAUGUUCUUUUAAGUGCCCUAUAUAAUAAAUGUGAUUUCAGUAAAUGUCAAUUGUAAAGCUGUCAUUAUUACAAUUUCUUUAAACUUAACACUGUCUUAGUAAAUGGUUGAAGGUGCAUAGCCAGUC